GCUGCUCCGUGGGACUCGACAGCCCGGUCACGCGUUAGCCCGGCCCUGUGCAGGAAGCCAGCGGGCGAGCGUUGCAAUUCAGCCCGGAUCUGGCUGCGGGGAGGGAGGCUCGCUCCGGCCCCGCCCCGGGGGCUCGUAUUUGGAAAGUUUAUGGCGUGGAUUAAAGGCGGCCGAGCUGCCCCGGCGCCGCGGCUCAGGGUCCAAAGCCGGUGAGCUCAGGGGUGGCCCGGUUCAACUUUUGCAAUGUCCAAGUUUUAUCCCGCAGCGCGGGCGCCCGGGGUCACGGUUGAAAGACCCGCCGGGCCCCCCCGCAGCCUUGUUUGCUCCCCGGCGUGCUGAGGCUGGCGUUUUGCAAGCCCCGGGAAGGAAGACAAAUCCACAGGCUUCGGUGACACCUUUCAAGCUGGAGGGACCGGAUUUCCCUUUGCAACCCUUCGCCUCCCUGCGGCGUCCUGCAGCCUGGAUAUAAACCCCCGGCCCGGUCACCCCUCCCCGUGCUGCACACCUUCAGCUGAGAAGGGGCAGUGCAGGGAAGCCAGGCUGUGACUCCCCUGCCCCAGCCACAACCUGCAGGAGGGUCCAGGCCUCUGUGCCUGCAGAAUGGGCCGGGGGCUUUGAAGGCUCCUGGGGCUGGUUAGACAGGAGACAGCCACAUUCCGUGCCAUGCUGCGGCCAGGACCGUGUUGGGCUGAUGGUGAGGACAUUCUGCCUGGGUUACUUUCGCUGUAGUAUUUUUUUUUUUUAAAAAACUUCCUUGUAUUUGUUCAUCUUUGGCUCCUGCGUGGAUGCUGAGAGUGGAGUUAAGGAGCUCUGCCUACUUUAGUAUCCUCGCCUUCUUCUCUCCGCAAAGGAAGCGGCGUAUAAAGGAAUCCCAGGCAUUGCGGCGGUAAAAAAAACAUUCAUUAGUGGCUGGGUUACUUCUCUAUUUCCAUCAACGGCUGAAAUUGCAAAAUUGACCAAACAUCCUAGACACCCAAAGAAACAGAUGUUGGAGGCGACUGAUCCAGGAAGAGAAGCUGAGGUGCCGUAAGCCAAGGGCCUGGCUUCACGGUAGGAGCCCAGACACUGCAUCGGGAUGGCCCUGGGACCUGUGAGCUGGAGGGCUUCCUGCAUUCUGGGGGUGCUUUGGAUGCUGAGCUGCGGGGCUGGUGCUUCGGGAGCCGACGCUGGAUCUCGGGGUGUUGGGAGCCAAAUGCCCCCCCAGCUGGAAAUCGGGAGCAAGUCUGAUGGCAUCCGGUAUGCCCAGCACCAGGGCAGCCCUGCAGAUUGCUGGGAAGUACGGACCCAGAACAGCUCCAAGUGGUGCCACUUCAUCUGGACCACCCCGGACUGCCAAAUGGACAGCGGCUUCCUCAACUACCUGAACGGGGUCUUCUGCGUCUUCCCCUCGGGGCUGCUGCCGCUGGUGGUGACCCUAUAUGCACUCUGGCUGCUGUAUCUGUUCCUUAUCCUGGGAGUGACAGCUGAAAAGUUCUUCUGCCCCAAUUUAUCUGCGAUCUCCACCAAUCUGAGACUGGCCCACAACGUAGCAGGCGUCACCUUCCUGGCCUUUGGGAACGGCGCGCCCGAUGUGUUCAGUGCUGUGGUGGCGUUCUCCGACCCCCGGACUGCUGGGCUGGCUAUCGGCGCUCUCUUUGGCGCGGGCGUGUUUGUGACCACGGUGGUGGCCGGUGGGAUCGCCCUGCUCAAGCCCUUCACAGUGGCUUCCAGGCCGUUCCUCAGGGAUGCCAUCUUCUACAUGGUGGCCGUGUUCCUGACCUUCACGAUGCUGUACUUCCGGAGGAUCACUCUGGCAGGGGCGCUGAGCUACCUCGGGCUGUACAUCUUCUACGUUCUGACAGUCGUGAUCUGCACUUGGAUUCACAAAAGGCAACGUGGGGAAGGGUUGUCUUCUGCCGGCUCUGGCCAGCCAGAUCAUGCGUCCGACCCAGAAGAUGAGGAUUCCCUCUCCUCCAGCGUUCACCGUGAGGAGUACGAGGAGGAAUACCGGCCCCUGCUCCCCUCCGAGGAGGGGACUCUACAGAUCCUGACCAACUCCAUGAACCCUCUGGAUCGCAGGAAGUGGAGGAGGAAAUCCUGCUACUGGAGAUUCCUCAAGGUUUUCAAGAUGCCGGUGGAGUUCGUGAUGCUGCUCACGGUGCCCGUGGUGGAUCCCGAUCAGGAGGACCACAACUGGAAAAGACCACUGAACUGCCUGCACCUGAUCACCAGCCCUUUGGUCUGCAUCCUCACGCUGAAAUCUGGUGCCUAUGGGCUGUAUAAAAUCCAGGGGGUCUUCCCAGUCUGGGGCCUGGGAAUCCUGAUUGGUGCUUUCCUGGCUGCUAUUGUCUUCUGCACUACAAAGAACGAGGAGCCACCCAAGUAUCACUGUGUGUUCGCCUUCCUGGGUUUCUUGGCCAGCGCCCUGUGGAUUAACGCAGUCGCCACAGAAGUGGUCAACGUCCUGCGGACCUUAGGCGUAGUCUUCCAGCUGAGCAACACCGUGCUGGGCCUGACGCUGCUGGCCUGGGGGAACAGCAUCGGCGCUGGAGCUGGAUGGUCUUCUGGUCUGGAUUCUAGCUGGAGCACUGGGGCUGAGCCUGGUGUUUUCCUUCAUAACAGUGCCGGCUCAGUGCUUCCAGCUGGGCCGAGGGUACGGAGUCUGCCUCCUCCUCUACUACCUGGCUUUCCUCACGGUAGCUUUGCUGACGGAGUUCAAGGUGAUCCAACUCCCUGCCCUCUGACGGCAUCGCCACCGGAUGCCAUCUUGUCUCUUAGCACCUCUGGUGAGAAUGGUGGGAGCGGGUUGAUGAGCCUGCAGGGCUUGGACCAACCUGCUGAUGGUGAAGGGGCAAGAGGCGACGGUAGGACGGGCCAGAUGCAGGUGAGCCACUAGCAUGAGACUUUCCACAUUCGCUGGCUGGACCAGUUCUAUUCCCAGUGACUCAUUGAAGGACACGCCACCGGGGAGAUGAGGGACACGGAGCUCCCUUCCUGGUGAGCUCAGCUCUGGAAACGUAUCCAUUUCUCUACGCUGAAGGCAUGACUACCAUUGGAACAUCCCACCUGGAGGGUGUGUGCUUUGGAUCCUGUACACUAAGGUUCCUGUGACCCUGCCACCCCAGGAAAGGAAACUGGAGCAUCAGGAGUUGAGGUUACAUUGCUGCUCAGUUUAGCCAUCCUCUAGGCCAGGGGCUACCCAGCCAAAUGAGAGCUCAACCUAGGGCUGCCUGGACUUCGUCCCUGGGACUCCACUGCCAGUACUGAUUUCCAAUUGAUUUUUGUAAGGAAAGGGAUUAUUUAGAUUUAGAAUAGGGGCUGGUUUGUUAAUUAAAGAUUGGUUUUCAGAGGAAGGCUUUGCAUUACAUUACAAGUGGGGAUCAGUUUAAAUCCCUGCUGCCGUAAGUGGCAUUUUGCAGCUGCACGGAAAGGGGGAGGUGUUACCCUUCCCCCUAUAGGACAAGUGAUCGUUAUUCAUGGCACAAUAAAGCGAUUCUGUGAAAUGACUGUUUCAGUGCAACUUUGAAAGACUUCUCAGUGUUCCAGUGGCUUCGAUACGUACCCUUUCAGCCUUUGGAAACCUAGGUUAGGCUGAGAUGCUUUAUGGAAGGGCUGCAAAAUAAAACAGUGGUUUCUGCAUAGUGCGGUCGUGGUCCAUCACUGGGCUCACAGGAGCUAUUACAGCACAUCUGUCCAGCCAUGGAGCAGUGGGGAAAUAGAUCGCUACAGGGGCAAAUGCAGCAGCGCUGUAGCAGAAGCUUGUACCAUACCCAGCUGUACUGGGAGUACAUUUAAAUUUGCUCUAGUGCUGACGGGAAGUAGCAGUCGUCUCCCUUCAAUAGUGAAGGACCUCUGAACAGCAGUCACAUGUGGAUUAGUUUGCCAUUAAAGAAAAAAACAAUCCUGGUUUUCUAGGAAAUUGCAUUGUCAUGACUUUCUUUAAUCCUGUGUCAGCACUGUGCUUGGACUGAAUGACCACAAGGGUUAGUCAUGGGCCUUGUGCAACAGGGAUGGCAAGAAGCCUGGUGAAAUAAACUUAUCCAUCAACAUACAGGCAGCCCAGGGAGUGGAGACUGCCUGAGGGGGAGAGGAAAUAGUGGUGAACAUGUAUAAAAGCUUAACGGUUCGAGUUGUGGCCGCUUCGAAUGCCCAGAAAAGUGAACUGCACAGUUCUAAGAGAUUGUUUUCAGGUGCCAAAUCUGCACAAGAUUUAAAAACCAUCUAAAGGAAUAUUUGAGAAAAAAAAAAGCCCAUUUUCAAAAGUGACAGGCACUUCGAAUCUUAAAUUGCACUGAAAGUCAGUGAGACCUGGGCUCCUAAGUCACAUACAAAAAUGGGAUCUAGGCACUUCUGAAAAUUUCACUCUAGACCACAAGGGAUAACUCUGGUGGGUUGGAGAAAGGGAGCAGCCAGUUUACAAAUUCCUAGGGUUACUUAGCAUUUUAAAUGCAUCGCAGCAGAAGUUUCCGGCAGCUUUUAGAGUGGGGGCAACGGGAGGGGGGGUCUCUGUACCUAGCGACUGCAAUCUAAGGAGGACAGGGAU